CCUUCCUCUCACCACGGUUCUAUUGGACAGCAAUCAAGCACAAGCAGCCUUACGCCCCUCCGUAUCGUACCUUUGAGGCAAAUCGAAACCCUGAACCAUGGCUCGAGGCAAUCAACGUGACAAGGCGCGCGAAAAGGCGCAGAAGGCUGCGGGCGGAGUGAAACACAAGACCACUGGAACUGGUCCGGAGCAGCAGCGCGCCAAGGAGUCUGCGGCCGAGAUUAUGAGACAAAAGCAGGCUGCUGCCGAUGCGAAGAAGGCCGAAGUGAAGAAGUGAAUGGAAGAAACGUGAAGAGCAGUGGACGUUGGAUCGUGCCUUGACGAAUAUAUACCCACACAACGUGCUCGUUCUCCCUCG